UGGAACCUGGAACACAGCGCUCAUGCCCCGCCCGCCUUUCCCUCUUUCUACCACCACCCCCAUGCCAGAAACAUAACAGAUCUCCCCCUCUACUAGUCCCCAUCCUGCGUAACUGACCCCAUUUCCAAUAUCAAUCCAGAGCUGCUGUCUGAACCCAGCACCCACUCGAGAGCACCCUCCUUUCCACUCUGACAGCGCCCCGAAUUGCCGACCUUUCCAAUCUGACAGUGCCGACCCUGAAGACUCGAGGAAGACCUGCCACCACUAUCUUUGCCUUGGUGCCAGCGCCACCAGCCAUGGCCACCGCGCCGUCCUCUCAAGUGCGCCAGAACUACCACCCCGAAUGCGAGGCCGCCAUCAACAGCCAGAUCAACCUGGAGCUCUACGCCUCCUACGUGUACCUGUCCAUGGCUUUCUAUUUCGACCGUGACGACGUGGCCCUGGAGAAUAUCUCCAAGUUCUUCCUGCACCAGUCCCACGAGGACAGCCAGCAUGCCGAGAAGCUGAUGCAGCUGCAGAACCAGCGUGGGGGCCGCCUCCGCCUCCACGACAUCAUGAAGCCUGACCGCCACAACUGGGAGAGCGGCCUGAAGGCCAUGGAGUGCGCCUUUCACCUGGAGAAGAGCCUGAACCAGAGCCUGCUUGACCUGCACCAGCUGGCCACCGUCAAGAACGACGCCCACCUGUGCAGCUUCCUGGAGACCAACUACCUGCACGAGCAAGUCAAGGUCAUCAAAGAGCUGGGGGGCUACAUCACCAGCCUGCGCAAGAUAGAGACCCUGGAAGAUGGCUUGGCAGAGUACCUCUUUGACAAGCUCACCCUGGGCAACAGCGACAAGAACUGAGUUGGGACUGCCUUCCCAUAGCCACAGGGUGCAUGGUAACUUCCCCUGGUCACCAUGCCGAGCAUGCAUUUUGCAGUAUUGCACUUGCAAAACGUCCCAGUUUUUUUCUUCCAGUUUUGCCAUAAAUAAAUGAAGUUAUUUGGUUUCAA